GAAACGGGAGUUUUGACAUUUUCAGUUGACGUCGAUGGUCGAUGACUAGCAUUUUCUCGUGCUUUCUAUUUUUCUUGGCGAUUUUCCGUGGAAAUUCAAGUGAUAAAGACAUAAUUUGGUAGUAAAGAGUUCUCGUGCACAUUUUAGCGAUGGCGGGUGCAACACUUUUUGAACGGGCGCAAGCAAUUUCGUCUGUGAAUCGUGAAGAGGGCAUUUCCCUUCUAAACAAAAUUGUGCGUGAACAAGAAGUGGCUGAAAAUGAUGAAGAACUCAUACGGAUCAAGGAGCAAGGUAUCUUACAGCUUGGAGAGCUGUACAAGCAGGAAGGGAAGGCCAAGGAGCUGGCAGACUUGAUUAAAGUUACAAGGCCCUUCCUCAGUCUCAUAAGCAAAGCGAAGGCCGCCAAGCUUGUGCGUUCCCUCGUGGACCUCUUCCUGGAUCUCGAGGCGGGAACUGGGAUUGAGGUGCAGUUAUGCAAAGAGUGCAUUGAAUGGGCAAAGCAAGAGAAGCGCACCUUCCUGCGACAGUCGCUAGAAGCACGUUUGAUUGCUCUGUAUUUUGACACGGGAAUGUACACAGAAGCCCUUGCCCUGGGGUCACAGCUGCUGAAGGAACUGAAGAAGCUUGAUGACAAAAAUCUUCUAGUAGAAGUGCAGCUGCUUGAGAGCAAGACAUACCAUGCGCUGAGCAAUUUGCCAAAGGCUCGUGCUGCUCUCACGUCUGCACGCACUACAGCUAAUGCGAUCUACUGUGCCCCCAAGAUGCAAGCGGCGCUCGAUCUCCAGUCUGGCAUUCUCCAUGCAGCCGAUGAGAGGGAUUUCAAGACGGCCUACUCGUACUUCUACGAGGCCUUUGAGGGCUAUGACAGUGUAGCUUCCAAUCGCGCUCUUACAGCCCUCAAGUACAUGCUGCUGUGCAAGAUUAUGCUGGGUCAGUCAGAUGAUGUGAAUCAGAUUGUUAGCGGAAAGCUCGCCAUUACGUACUCUGGACGCGAUAUUGAUGCCAUGAAGGCUGUCGCCCAGGCUUCACAUAAGCGUUCCCUGGCCGAUUUCCAGCUGGGUCUGAAAGACUUCAAGAAGGAGUUGGAGGAUGAUGUGAUUGUCAAGGCGCAUCUGGGUACUCUGUAUGAUACGAUGCUGGAGCAGAAUUUGUGUCGCAUCAUUGAGCCAUACAGUCGUGUGGAAGUGGCUCAUAUUGCUGAGUGCAUUAAGUUGCCAAUGGCACAGGUGGAGAAGAAGCUGUCACAGAUGAUUCUGGAUAAGAAGUUUAGUGGAAUUCUGGAUCAGGGAGAUGGUGUUUUGAUUGUAUUUGAGGAGACUCCUGUGGACAAAACCUACGACACGGCUCUGGAAGUCAUUCAGCAUAUGGGCAAAGUUGUAGAUACACUCUAUCAGAAGGCCAAGAAACUCUCAUAGGCGUUAAUCCCAAUUUUUGUCGAGUUCAUCUAACUAAUUCAAUAUGAAAUUGCAAUUUUACAAAUAAAAUAUUUUAAAUCACGCGAUAAAA